CCACGACAAUUAAGUGGAUCGUGCACAAAUCGGGCACGCCAGCGAGACCGGCGGCUCAGACGACAUGGCUCUCCCGCUGGUUGCGGCCGCCGCCCUCCUCCUCGCCGUCUUCGUCCUGCUGCCGCUCUCCUACCUCCUCCUCCUCGCCGUCAACAAGCCUGCCUCUCCGCAGCGUCACGGUGGCAGCGUCCAUGGGCGACGGCCGAGGCUGCCGCCGUCGCCGCCAGGCCUCCCGCUGCUCGGCCACCUCCACCUCCUCGGCUCGCUGCCGCACCGCGCCCUCCGGUCCAUGGCGCGGGCGCACGGGCCCGUCAUGCUGCUCCGGUUCGGCCGCGUGCCCGCCGUCGUCGUGUCCUCCGCCGCGGGCGCCGAGGAGGUGAUGCGGGCGCGUGACCUGGACUUCGCGAGCCGGCCCAGGAGCGCCAUGGCCGAGCGCCUCAUGUACGGCCGCGACGUCGCCUUCGCGCCCUACGGCGAGUACUGGCGCCAGGCGCGCCGCGUCUGCGUCGUGCACCUCCUCAGCGCGCGCCGCACCCGGUCCUUCCGCCGCAUCAGGGAGCAGGAGGCCGCCGCGCUCGUCCAGCGCGUCCGAGCCAAGGCCGGAGCCGGUGCGGCCGCCGUCGGCCUGAGCGAGCUCCUCGCCGAGUGCGCCAACAACGUCGUGUGUCGCGCCGCUUUCGGGGACGAGAGCGCGAGCGGCCUGUUCGACGGCGGUGACCGCGGCCGCGAGCGGGUCAGGAAGGUGCUUACCGACUUCCAGAAGCUGAUGGGGACGGAGCCGAUGGGGGAUCUCGUGCCGUGGUUGGGAUGGGUGGACGCCGUGCGCGGGCUGGAGGGCAAGAUUACGCGGACGUUCCAGGCGCUCGACGGCUUGCUCGAGAAGGUGAUCGAUGACCACCGCCGCCGGCCUCCGAACAGGGACGACGGCGACGAUCACCGGGACUUCGUGGACGUGUUGCUGGACUUGCACAAACACGACAAAGAGUACGGCAUCCAGCUCGAGACCAACGAAAUCAAGGCCAUUAUCUUGGACAUGUUCGCUGCAGGCACGGACACCACCAGCGCGGCGAUGGAAUGGGCCAUGGCGGAGCUCGUCACCCACCCGCGCGCCAUGCGCAAGCUCCAGGACGAGAUCCGCGCGGCAGCCGGCUCCACCGGCGUCGACGAGGGCCAUGUCGCCCAGCUGCACUACCUCAAGGCCGUGGUCAAGGAGACGCUCCGGCUGCACGCGCCGAUCCCGCUGCUGGUGCCCCGUGAGCCGCCGGCGGACGCCGAGGUCCUGGGCUACCACGUGCCGGCGCGCACGCGCGUGGUGGUCAACGCCUGGGCCGUCGGCCGGGACCCCGCGGCGUGGGGGGAGGACGCCGAGGAGUUCGUGCCGGAGAGGUUCUUGGGCAGCGCCGUGGACUUCAGGGGGCAGCACUUGGAGCUGGUGCCGUUCGGAGCCGGCCGGAGGGGGUGCCCCGGGGUCGGGUUCGCCGAGGCAAGCAUCGAGAUGGCGCUGGCGAGCUUGCUGUGUCACUUCGAUUGGGAGGCUGCCAAGGGGAAAGGAAGCCGGACAGGGGCGUCGUCGCUGGACAUGAGCGAGGUGAACGGGCUGUCCGUGCACAUAAAGUCCGGCCUGCCGCUCGUAGCAAAGCCGUGGGUCCCUUGAUACAUUUUCAGGUUGGGUUGUGUUUGUUCUACCAUUAUAGUUAUAGACAGUGCGUGUCACAUUAGUUUGGAAAAGAAGAGACAUGAUGAUUGAUAGUCACAUUGAUCAAAUUAAUUAAUUAAUUAAGAACAUCUUAA